UGCCCUGGGAUACGCCUCCCGCCUGCGCCUUGUCAAGGAAUGCCAAACAGCCUGCAGACUGUGGAACCUGUUAUCCGCACGAAAACGUCCUAAUGCAUCCCCUCCACUUGGGGAGUGGUAAGACAGCAAAUGUGUGACUCCUGUAUUAUGCAAGCCGUUACCUGGGAGUCGACACACACCGAACUGGUGUGGAUGAGACACACACUUAUGCACCAGCGGCUUCAAGUGAGAAGACGAUAACAUCGAAAGCUGCCUUCAAGAGCUCACAUUUAACCAUGAGUAUGCACAUGCAGCACUUCGACUCGACGUACCCGGAGCUGAGGCUGGUGCUGCUGGGCAACAUCGGAUGCGGCAAGACGUCGUCGGCCGACACCAUCCUGAGCCAGCUGACGGACAUGUCCACGGCGACGCCCCGGAGCAUCCAGCUGCGCAAGGACUUCGCCGAGGGCAGGAUGGUGACCCUGGUGGAGGCCCCCAGGUGGUACUGGAACGGUAUGGAAAUGGACGAGGGCGUGAAGAAGGAGACUGAGCGAGCCAUGACCCUGCUGGCGCCCGGUCCUCAUGCCGUUCUGCUGCUGGUGCCUGUCAGCCAGUUCACAGAGAUGGACGGCCAAGUGCCUACGCAGCUGCAGCAAGUGUUUGGAAAAGAAAUACUGGAGCACACCAUGGUGCUGCUGACCUGUGGCGAUUAUCUCAUUGGAAGAACUGCGGAGGAAUACCUUCUGAAGGAGAAUCCCGGCCUGAGGCAAAUGAUUGGGCUUUGUGGGGGGCGCUACCAUGUCAUCAAUAACCGUCAGCCGCGGGACCGUACGCAGGUUCGAGAGCUUCUGGGCAAGGUGGAGGACAUGGUGAGCAAAAGUGGGGUGUUCUGCCUCAAAACAAAAGAGGAGAGGGAGAUGGAAGAGCGCGUGCAGCAGCGGAAGAGAGAGCUGAUUGAAAGUUUCCGACUGCAAAAGGAAGAGAAAAGGGAAGCUCUGGCAUCCGGCUACCCGUCCAACGUAGACACACUGAGGAGUGUCGAGGAAGUGGAUUCGCACAGAGAUGCCUGGGAGAGGAGGAGAGAAAUCGAGAUUGACAGUAUCAAUGAGGGAGUGUCUGAGGCGCUUCACUCCAGUCUGGCGGCUUCAACACCAGGAGGGUGGCAGUCGGGCCGGAAUGAUGAUCAGCAGGAGAGGCGCUCUUACAGACUCAAUGCAGAUGGAGCCAGACUCUCACAAAUGAUGGAUGGAACAACCUCAGCUCAAGUUGUUUCCACUCUUCAUCACAGAAUCAACAGCUUUGAGGAGAAUUCCCCAGAGGACUCCCCCACCUCCUCCCCCGAACACCCGGCCUUCGUUUAUGAACCCUCCACAACGAACUUCGACCCGUACCCUGCCACAACCUCCGUAAGCUCGCCAUCCUCUCCGGAGCUACGUCUGGUAUUGAUCGGACGAUCCGGAGCGGGAAAAAGUGCGGCUGGCAACGCCAUCCUAGGGCGGGAUGUGUUUGAAUCCAGGCCUGACAGUCUGGUCGCCAUCACUGAGGAGUGCGCCAAGAUGAAAGCAGUGGUCGCUGGAAGAAGGGUGGCAGUAGUGGACACCCCAGACUGGUUCCACUCAGAGCGUACUCCAGAUGAGGUGCGAGCUCUCAUCUCCUCCUGCGUGGCCCUGUCCAGUCCUGGUCCCCACGCCUUCCUUCUCUGCGUCCCAAUGGACCAGCCGGCCAAGUUGGAGCUACAAUCACUCUGUGCUCUGGAGACUGUCUUUGGGCCGAAUGCUGUCGGGAAUCACACACUGGUCCUCUUUACACACGCCGAUCUUCUGAGGAAGAGCGGAAAGGCCGGCAGCGACAGUGUCGAGGCGUACAUCGCGGGUCAGCGUGAUGAUUUGUUAAAAUUGGUGGAGAAAUGCGGGGACAGGUUCCACAUCCUGGAGAGAGACGGUUAUGGCGGAAGUGUGGAGGAGCUCCUGGAGAAGGUGGAGCAGAUAGCGGCCGAGGCAGGGGGGCAGUGUUAUUCCAGUCCCGCUUUCCAAGAGGCCGAGAACCGAGUGAGGGAGAUACAGGCUGAGAUCGCGAGGGAGAGGAGACGGCAGAAGCAGGAAGAAGAACGCCUUGGAGAGCAGUUUUGGGGCGAGAGGCGCCCCCUCUACCCUUACAUGCAGACCGUGGCUGAGGCCGAAGAGGAAGUGAGAGAGGAAGAGGUUGAGAAAGCGCGAACCGAGGCCGAGAGGAGCGUCAGCACCAUGAACAUUGAGAGCCUCCCACCGAUUACGACAGUGGCCAACAUGUCACCUUCAGUGUUCCAGUCCGUGAUGGAGAAAGUGCAGUCCAACGCCAAGUUGCUGCCCAAACUGUUGUCUGACAGCUCGGUGUGGGUCAGCGACGGAGCUAAGAAGGUGAUGGGCAGUCCGGUAUGGGGCUCGGUUGGGAGCGGAGCGCAGAACGUACAGAAGACGGUGGCCAACAGUCCUGUGUGGGGGAAGGUGGGCGCUCAAGCCGGACACGUCUCCAAGCUCGUGGGAGACAGACUACCCAAAGUGGUGGUAGACGGCUCGACCUGGGUCGGCUCCGGAGCCAAAGUCGUGGCAGACGGCUCCAUGCGUGUCGGAUCGGGGAUCGGAAGCGGAGCGAAAGCCGUGGCCCAGAGUCCCGUGUGGGAAAAGGUUGGUUCCGGGGCCAAGUCCGGUGCCAAACUGGUGGCUGACGGUUCAGUGCGCCUCGGAGCCGGACUCGGUGCCGGAGCAAAAAAGGUGGCCCAGAGUCCGGUGUGGGAAAAGAUGGGCUCUGGAGCCAAAGCGGGCGCCAAAAUGGUUAGCGAGAGCUCCGUGUGGCAGAAAAUGGUGGCCAAUGCCAAAAAGGUGCCAAAGGUCGUCAUCGUGGGCGCAUUGCUGGGGUUGGCGCUGGGGGUGUUUUUGGCGGGGGCCAUCGGCGGAGCCGCGGGGGCCGUCAUCGGUUCUGCAGCCACCGAGGUGGGCAGGCGAAAGUUUGGCAAGAAAAGCGUGCCGGAGAAGGCCGCGAGUAACAUUGAAAGACGAGUGAACGACACGGUGGAUUCACUGGUCAAACAAGGAGAGAAAGUCAUGAAAAGGGAAUGAAGGACUAAUGGGAUGAAGUGUCGACUGGAGCAAAUUGCAUCAAUGGCGAGCUGUGCAUUUGCGACCUUCAGUGGGGAUUUAGCCAACUUAAUCCACCUCGUAACACUUCCAAUUAAUGGCAAUUCAUAAAAGUACCAUAAAUAAUUUGGAGCAGUUCAGAAUCAAUAUUUCUUGAAUAUCAUGACAAGACAUGGACUGUCAAAAAAAAAUAAAAUCCUUCAAAACAUAUUCACCCGAUGCUGAUUAUUAAAUGUAUAAAUUAAAUCUAAGUUUUUCUCUGACAAGCCAAUCAGAGAAAGGAAAAAGACGAUAUCAUUGAGGGCCAGCGCCCUGGCCCCGUGAAGAUGAAUUUCAAAUCUGAUUGGUUCAAGAAACACUAAACAACAGUGGUGAUUGUGGAUACCUUGGGCAGAUUUGAUUGGACAUGGCAACAGAGGCUGAAAUCUGAUUGGCCAAAAACCAUGAAACUUCGACAGGCAUGUCCUGGGAGCAGUGCAGGGAGGAGGAACGCUAUGAAAUGAAGACAUUACUUUUUGGGAAUACAUCAACACAAUUUUGUGGAAUUGAGAAUGUAAAUGUAGGUCAGCAGUUUUGGUAGUGCUUAGGCUUGCAAAAAUAAGACCUUACCGGUCCUGAUCUCUCACCACAUGGCAUUGCACACAUUCUACAAAGUGAAAGUCUGGCUCACUACUCGUUUGAUAAGAUUAACUGCUGUUUCAACACAUUUCUUCAAUAAUUCCAAUAAUCACUUGGAUGUGAAGGAAGGAGUUAUGGUGUUCCUGGAUUGACAUGUUUGGGCUCUACACAAUUCAUGUCUAGCUGCGUGCAAUAGAUUUGAAUGAAAUGUCAAUGUUUAAUGUAUUUCUGUGCAUGAUUACCGUGGAAAUAAAAUAUUUGAUACUACACUC